CUGCCCGAGAAGGUGUUAUACAAGCAGCUGCCCGAGUCGACAGCAAAACUCGUGAACCUUCAGCCACAAGGAUCCAACAAGGCGGAGGUCUUUGUAAACGCCUUUCUGAAACGCAGCAUGCCUGGGAAGAGCAAGGAGGACAUCGAGAAACACUUCGACCGGAAAGCGGUGGUCCUUGAGCAUCCCCAACCGAGGAGUAACAGGCAGCGGAGCAAACGGAGGAAAGGAUUGUCAGCCAAACAGAGGCGAGAANGAUUUUGCACCAUCCUUCCCCUGGAGUCAGGAACUUUCCUUUCUUAA